GGCAGCUUGGCAAGGCGCAGCUAUAUUCGCACCACAAAACGCGUCGUGUUCCGAGAAUGUGUUGAAGCUUCUACAGUUCCUUGAAGACCCGACCGGGACUACCUCACUGAAGCAAACAUUUGUUGAGAUGGAGCCAGUGUGCACAUGCAGUGAAAGGACCCGAAUAAACAGAAGAGCGAUCCUCGCCACAACUAUCGAUAGCAAAGAUAAUCGACCGAACGGAAGUGCGAUCCGUAGUUUCUUGAAUCACCACAGUGGCAGCAGUCGUAGCUGUUUCCUCAUUAAGGAAACAAAACGUUCGAAACGACACUGUAAUAGCGAUAGUGAAAUAAAAAGCAGAGAAAAAGAGGAUGGUGGACUGCUGCUGAGCGAGAAGUUCGUGAGGACUGGUGAUGAGAAAGAGAAGUGUUCAUCGAAGGUUUGCGAGACUGCGCUGAGCGGCGCUGAAACUAAGAAUCGGUUACGUCAGCAUGUUCCUACGACUGGAAGUUGCAACAACAGUACAAGCAGCAGCAGUGGGGAAUUAUGGGAAGAGGAGAUUUUAUUGCGUCACAUUAAAGAAUGUCGCUGCACGUGCAACCAUAUGGGAUAUGGGAAUUAUCUGGACUGGAACGAGAAUAGACUGGGGGCAUUAAAACGACGGGAAAAGAAGAAGAGGAUACUGGCACAGUCAGGCAGUUCAGUCAAACACAUGUUGAAGGGCAUGUGUGUUGAACAUUUUAGUCUGUUGAACCAUGCCUGCCAGUUGCAAGAGAGUGGGGACAACUCAUUUAGUAAAGCAACUGGCUGUAGAUGGUUUAUUGUGCGCUUCUUCUAA